AUCUUUAUUCUGUCCAUAAACUGCUUCGAUCCACUAUCGGCUCGAAACGAAUGUAUGAAAGUGAUCGGUACUUUGUUGUGUCCAUCGAAUCCAACUCUUGCUAACAACGUUCGUAUCGAUCUCAAGGAUGAAGACUGUAAGUUACUAUCAACUUUCAAUAACAUUUCUAAUUUUGUUGCAGAAAAUUACAAAACCUUCUCACUUGCAGCGCUACCGUUUGAAGUUGACGAUAUAAUGGGUCGUACUUGGUCACAAGGAAACGGUUCGUUCGUACUCUCGGGUUGUGGCGCAGAUAUGGGCCCGUUCAAUAAGCCUGACCCAUACGUUUACAUCGAACACAAAUGUCCGAGUACUGUAUAUCCGUACAUUGUUAAUGCUACGCGUAAGAUGCAAUUCGCUUUGGUACCCACUUUCUUGCCGAUGGUAUUGCGUAUCGGCAAAGUAUACCUCGACGAUUCUGAUGUAUAA